ACCCUGUUCAUACGUUUUGGUCGAGAGAAAUUAGUCGUAUUACGCUCCAACGUUGCAUUGUACUUAUUUACUAAAUUCUUAGUGGGUUUCACAAAAACUGUAGAAAAAUGGUGGAAAUUAAAACCAUCCCCAUUAUUGCAAAACUUGUCUGUCUGGUGAUCCUCUUCAUCGCACUGGUGGUUGGUUCUCACGCACAUUUUAAUAACGCCUGGACCAGAUCGUGGGGAAAUCCAGGAUAUCCGGAAUAUUGCAGAUAUGCUUUUCCAAACUGCCCAAGUUCUGCGGUUGGGAUGGAGAAGACUUUUGUAGCGUUUACCAUAAUUAUUUUUAUUUUGUCAAUUGUCAGCAUUAUCGCCGGAUUUUUGGUUAAAGGGAAAAAAUUUAGAAUUGUGGACACCGGAUAUCACGCCAUUGCCGGAUUACUUCUCAUCAUUUCGGGAAUAUUGAUGAUAGCAGCGGCAAACCAAAUCGAUUCUGCAAACGUUCCCGACCGUAUACCGGAAUUGAUAAGAGACUCGUUACGAAAAGAAUUUAAAUAUUCGAACAAAUUGGCGGGAGGGUCGAUGGCCGUAAUUGACGGAGUCAUUUAUCUUGUCGCGGCUGGCUUAAUUUUUAAAUUUUAGCAAGUUACCUGACAACAUUUUUAGACCUUUGUGAAAUUACUUCCCAUUUGCUUUCUACUGGUUAACUAAUUAAGUGAGAAAUAAAUAGACACAAAAUUUAUGAA